ACUGUGACAAAGUUUCCAAGAUGAAGUUGCACAUUCUAGGACCAGCGUUUGGGCUGCCGUCGAUAGAUGCAGAAUGUAUUGCUGCCGUAGCACUGAUCGAACGCUACACACAAGGCAGUAGCCAGGCAUGGGCUCUGGUUGCCAGCCAUGAAGCCGCGCCAGGCACUCGACUCCCUUUUCUCCAAGUCGGCGACGACACAUACUCUGGCUUUGACAGGAUAGCCCAGUACCUCAUCGAUACAUCCGGUAGCUCCGUCCCUGGUCUGGCCACCAACCUGACAGCGCAACAACAAGCAGAUGCGACAGCGCAGAUAUUGACCCUCACACAGANNCUUUCGACCUUUAUCAAAUCCGAAGGUCAACUACUGCUCGACAUCUCGCUAUACGUAUCUUUCGAAAACUACCGCAACCGCACUCGCUCCGCCUUCACAAAGAUCCUCCCGUGGUACGCCAACUUCGUAAUUCCUCCCCAGCGCCGCCAUGAAGCCAGACAACGCACUCAGCACUUGGGAGUAUCCAGUCUCGAUGUUGAUGAUAUACACGAGGACGUCAUCGACAAGCCAUCAAGCAUGCAGUCCGAGCAGCAGAAGAAGCCUUUCGAGCAUGAGACGGAGAAGCACGCCAGGAGACUGCUGGGUCGCAGAGACACGGUCCGCACCUUGCUACAAAAGCCAGAGCACGCUGCUGCCUUCAAGCUGAACGCAUUGGCCGACAACUUCUUCGAGCCGCUGCAAGAGCUCUUGAAGAACCAGUCCAACCUCCUGGGAACCGAUCAACCCACCAUCGUCGACUGCCUGGCCUUUGGAUAUUUGAGCUUGAUGUUCUACCCUAAGAUGCCCCAGAACUGGCUUGCCUCUACCAUGCGUCUCAAGUACCAAAAACUCGUCGUCUACCUUGGCUCUCUUAGAGACACCUUCCGGGUCGAUGCCCACCCCGACGAAGCCUUGGAUGCUGUUUCGCAAUCAGAAAAGGGUGCAGCUGAGCUUCCUUGGGUAUCGCCGCAGACCUUUAGUCCAAUCGCCGUGGUCAGCUACAUUGGACAGAGCCUCUACAGUCAGCUACCAUUACCGAAGUCCAACUCAGGCUUGGAACGUCUGCCCAUCAAACGUCAACCUAGUCUUCUCCAGAGAUAUUUUCCCGCAAUACUUGGCCUGACUUCUACUUCGCUCGCUUUGCUAGCAUUCUGGGCAUACAACAACCUCACAUGGCCGCACGGAGAAGCAGUUCAUUUGUUUGGCCGAAGGAGAUUUGUCGACUAUGGUGCUGCUGGCGCCACCCUCUCUGCUCUUGGAAGUCUUGGUCUGCAAAUGCAACAACAUCAACAGCAAAGUCAAGCUCCUGUACAGGUUGACGUUACUGUCGACGAGCAGGUCUCGCCG